CUGAUGAUUCCUUCUUCUUGCAUCACGUGGUUGUGAGACAUGCUUACUAGAUGUGUUCUCUUUCUUCAACAAGUUUAGUCAUGCAGGGAAAGAAGAAGGAAGGAAAUGCCGCUAGGUAUAUGACCAGGUCGCAAGCACUGAAGCACCUUCAAGUUAAGUUAAACCUAUUCAGGAGACUAUGUAUUGUCAAAGGUAUAUUUCCCCGAGAACCGAAGAAGAAGGUGAAGGGAAACCAUCACACUUACUACCAUGUGAAGGAUAUUUCUUUCCUUCAGCAUGAGCCGCUCCUUGAGAAGUUCAGAGAAGUUAGAACAUACCAAAAGAAGGUAGUAAAAGCCAAGGCCAAGAAAAACGAGGAGCUCGCACGCCUUUUGCUUACCCGACAACCCACUUACAAGCUUGAUAGAUUGAUCCACGAAAGGUAUCCCACUUUUAUUGAUGCACUACGCGACUUGGAUGACUGUCUUACGAUGGUUCAUCUUUUCGCGGUGUUGCCUGCUUCGGACAGGGAAAAGCUUGACGUUAAACGAGUCCACAACUGUAGAAGAUUGAGCCAUGAGUGGCAAGCUUACAUUUCUCGUAAUCAUGCAUUACGGAAAGUGUUUGUCUCUGUUAAGGGCAUAUAUUAUCAGGCUGAAGUAGAAGGUCAAAAGAUCACUUGGUUGACCCCACAUGCAAUACAACAAGUCUUUACAAAUGAUGUUGACUUUGGCGUCCUGCUAACAUUCUUGGAAUUUUAUGAGACGCUUCUUGCCUUUGUAAACCUUAAGCUUUACCAUUCUCUGAAUGUGAAAUAUCCACCAAUCCUUGAUUCUCAGUUAGAGGCUUUGGCUGCAGAUCUCUACGCACUGUCAAGAUACAUAGAUGCUAGCUCCAGAGGCAUGAAAGUUGAUGCUUCAUCUAGCUCACAGUCAAACGACCGCGAAGAGUCUGAUCUGAGACUUGCGCAACUUGAGCACCAGCUGCCUUCAUUGAUGCAUCUCGUUGCAGACAAAGAGGUUGAAGAGGAUGAAGAAACAAGAGCGUGCAAGUCACUCUUCAAAGACCUCAAGUUUUUUUUGAGCCGCGAGGUUCCAAGAGAGUCCCUCCUUUUUGUAAUUGGUGCAUUUGGUGGGAGAGUGUCCUGGGAAGGAGAAGGUGCACCUUUCAAGGAGGAUGAUGAGAGUAUUACACAUCAUAUCAUCGAUAAGCCAAGCUCAGGUCAUAUGUAUCUCUCGAGGGAAUAUGUUCAACCACAGUGGAUCUAUGACUGCGUAAAUGCUCUAAUAAUCUUGCCAGCUCAAAAGGAAUUACCGCCGCACCUGUCACCAUUUGUGGACAAUGAAGCAGAAGGAUAUGUUCCUGAAUAUGCUGAAAUCAUAAGAAGGUAUCAAGCAGCAGCCAGGAACGACGUUCUUCCGUUGCCAGGUGCUGCGAAAGAAGAUCCUCAAAACUUGUUAUACGCUGGUGUUAUGAGCCGUACUGAGGAAGCCGAAGCUGCUAGAGACAGGAGGAAGAUUGCGGCGCUGGAGAGGCAAUACCAUGAGGAACUCAUGUCGGAACUGAAUGGAGGUGCGCUUGUGAUGAAUGAAGGUGAGGGUGAAGAUUCAGAAGCUGAUGCAGAAAAUACGCAAAUCGCUCAAGAUGUUGCUGCUAUGGCCAAAUCAAUGAUGUCCCGUAGGAGUAGUAACCUAUACGACGCCAUCAUGAUAACGAAGAGAAGGGAGAAGGAACGUAACCAAUUACUCAAGCGGUGGAGAAUUUUGAAAAAUGCUCAAUAAACCUUUCUUUACAUUUGUGGUUUUUGCAUUAUCUAGUCUUUGGCCAAAUUCUAAAAUAUUUGAUUUUGAUUAUCAUACGUUAUGAAAGAUAUAUUAUAUGAAAUCCAAAAACUAGCAGAGUGUAUUUAAGUCUUUCAAAAGCGUCGCUAUCUCUAAUAUUCUUGAUGACUAGUAGAAACUGUUUCGAUUUGUUCUUAUCUAUGCCGAGAUAUCAGAGGAUGAAACAAAUAUUAUCUUUACUUAGAGAUAUAAAAGUGUUUCGCAUAAAAAAAAAAUUUCUGUUGUUUU